AUGUCAUAUCCUCACUGUUAUCAAACAAGAAGUACGACCAAGAUUAAUCAAACAAUUAGUGAAAUUUCAUCGAUUCCUUCUACACAAACAAUGGCAUCGUCGUAUUCAGAUCAACCAAGAACACCUACUCAUAUUUCACCACAACUCAACAACAAUACAGAAGAAAACAUAAUGUUAAAAUCUCAUAUUACACAACAUAAAGAAGAAUAUGUGCCAUUGAAUGAACAGAUCGACAAUUCAUUAAUAAUUCCGCUUAUAAAUCGCCUUUCAAUGUCGCAAUCAACAUCAUCUCCUGAAAAAUCUCAAUCAUUAACAAUUGAACAAUCUCAUGCAAUUGGUCAAUCGCCACCAAUGCAUUCUGCUCAAAAAACUUUGACGCCACAUGAUAUGAAAAAUAUAUUAUGUCCACCACCACGAAUUACAGAUACUGAAGAAAUUCAUCGUGCAUCUGUUGUAUCAACGUAUUCUCAAGGAUUUAAUUUACAAACAAAUCCAUCAGGUUCGCAAUCUUCACAACUCAAUUCAAAUAUGAACGACGAACGAAAUUCGGAUGAAUUACAAUACACGUCAUUACACCUACUAACACCAAGUACAACAUUUGAUCAAACUUGUGUUUUAAAAUUAGAAAUUGAACGAUUAACAAAAGAAUUAGAACUUAUGAAAUUACAACAAUCUCAACAACAAAUACAUACGUUUCGUACAUCUCAGUCCGACCCGUCAUGUUCAUUUGCUCAACAACCGUCAAUGACAGCAACAACACAAAAACCAUAUUCCAAUUUAACUACGAUACCUAUUCAUGUUAUUGUUAAUACAGAUCCACUUCAACAGAUGAAAGAUUUUGUAAAGUCUUUCAAUGGCAAUCCAACUGAUGAUGUUACCAAAUGGCUUGAUAGUAUUAUUCAUUAUUUUGACAUCGCACAAAUAUCAGGUGAUAAAGAAACCUUAUAUUUCCAAUAUGCUCCCGCAUUUUUGAAAGAAUAUGCAUAUAAAUGGUGGACAGAUCAGAAACAUUUUAUAUUUAGUUGGUCAACAUUCAAACAAGCAUUGAUGACAAAAUUUGCUGAAAAGAAUGAAUAUUUAAUUGAACAACAAUUCGAUCAACGAAAACAACAAUUAAAUGAACCCGUCAUCAAGUAUUAUUAUGAUAUCAUCGAUUUAUGUAAGAAAUAUGAUCCACAUAUGUCAGACAAACAAAAAAUUCGUAAAUUAACUAACGGAUUAAAAUUAUCAUUAUAUCAAGAAGCUAUCAAAGAAAGUUACUCAACGCCAUACGAAUUUUUGACAAAAGUACAACAAUUGGAAAAUAUUCAGAAGUUAAUUGAAUUAAGACAAGAUCAAACAGCUCAAGUAUCAAACAUAAUGAACCAUAACGACAACUUAUCAUCACCGCAUCAUCGAUCAAAUAAUUAUACGACAAAAUCGAUGUAUUAUCCUUCAUCUGUUCAACAUGAUUAUUUAUAUGGACAAUUUGAAUCUAAUCAGAACAAACAAUAUCCAACAUCACACUCAUGUCAAUCGCAACAAAUGUACAAUCAACCACAUGCAUCUACUUAUCAGAAAAAUUAUUCUUCAGAAAAAUCGGAAAUUUACUGUUAUAAUUGUGGCCAACCUGGACAUAUUGCUCGUUAUUGCCAACAACAUACUGCAACAGAGGUGCCAGAUGGUGGCCCCUCUGAAACGAUUAUAAAUCCAUCGCCACUCUCAUUUAUCACAGUCCCGGUUAAUGGUAUUCAAUUACAAUGUCUUUUAGAUACAGGAGCUAGCAAUACUUUUAUUCAUACAUCAACAUUAUCCAAAAUUCGACAUAAUAAAAUCAAUCGAAUUAAAGGUAAGUAUACAUUGGCCGAUGGGAAUACGACAGUAGAUAUAGUUGGAGAAGUUGAAAUUUAUAUUCAAAUAGGAAAUAUUGAAACUAGAAUUACUGCACUGAUAUCAAAAUCGUUAUCAACAUUAUGUAUAUUAGGUCAAGAUUGGAUAAGAAAAUAUGCAGUCGACAUUUGUCAAUCAACUAAAUUAAUUGUUAUACACACAUUAAGAUCAUCAGCUACUAUACGGAUGGACAAUAAUAUGGACAAACAUAAUUUUGAUCUAAAGUUAAUUAAUACCGUUAUAUUACAACCACAACAUGAAACUAUUGUUCGACUUAAAUCACCUAUUUCAUCUUCUGGAAACGUUGUCUUUCAUCCUAAUCGUAACCUUCAAUAUACAAAACUUAUUGCUAUUCCCAAUGCCUUAUUAUCUAUCAACAAUUAUGAAACAUACGUUACAAUUGCUAAUCCGACAAAUAAAAUUUGUCGAAUACCCAUUCAUACUAAUAUUGGUCAUUUUACCAUACAACCUUCCGAUAUUCGUUGUUAUACUAUUAAUUCAUGUUUAGAUACUGAUCAUUCGUCUUUAAAUGAGCAACAACAACUGGAAAUUAAUAAACAUGAUUCAACAGAACUGAUAUUCGAUCGAUUACUAGAUCAUAUUCAAAAUAAAAAUGAAAAACUCGAAAUUUAUCAAUUGCUAAUUAAAUAUAAAAAAAUUUUUGAUACAUCGACACCUUCGAUUGCUAAAAUUUCUGUUCCACCAAUGAUUAAUACUGCAUCGAAUCUUCCAAUUCAUUCACGUGUUUAUCGUACUGAUCCACUUAAACAACAACACAUUUCGACAAUCAUUAAUGACAUGUUAAAAUCGGGACAAAUUCAAAAAUCUUAUUCUAGUUGGUCAUCGCCGGUCAUAUUAGUUAAAAAAAAGGAUGGUACUUAUAGAUUCGUUAUCGAUUAUCGUCAGCUAAACAAUAUCACAGAACGAGAUAGUUAUCCUUUACCGCGGAUCGAAGAGACAUUAAACAGAUUGAAUGGCAACAAUUUUUUCCCGAAACUUGAUUUAAAAACAGGUUAUCAUCAAAUUCCAAUUCAUUCAUCAGACAAAGAGAAAACAACAUUUGUCACAUACAACGGUACAUAUCAAUUUAAUGUAAUGCCACAAGGCCUCAAAAAUGCUCCAUCCAGUUUUCAGCGGUUAAUGUAUGACUUAUUGGUAAGUACAAGAUGGGAUUUUUGUUUAGUAUAUAUUGAUGAUGUAAUCAUUUUUUCACAAUCAUUUGAUCAACAUGUUGUUCAUUUAAAUGAAAUAUUUUCGAUUUUAUACAACGCUAAUUUACAACUUAAUCCACAAAAAUGUUCACUUAUUAAAUCGGAGAUCAACUAUCUUGGUCACACAAUCAAUCAACAAGGUAUUCGACCACUUCAAGAUAAUGUAGAUGCAAUUCUUAAACUACCAACACCAUCAACACCUAAACAAGUUCAUUCAUUCGUACAGGCUGCAAACUAUUAUCGUGAUCAUAUUGAAAAUUUCUCUAAGAUUGCUGCACCGUUAUAUCCUUAUACAAAAAAGAAUGCUGUAUGGAAAGGUUGGACAUCGCAAAUGGAAAACGCAUACAAUGAUCUUAAACGACGACUGACAACAUCUCCAGUAUUUCUAAAUUUUCCCGAUGACACCUCACCGCUGGUAUUAUCAACAGAUGCAUCAGGUUAUGGUAUGGGUGGUGUGUUGCGACAAAUGACAUUGGAUGGAUCAAAAGUGAUAAAAUAUGCUUCUAAGAAAUUCAAUUCAGCACAACAAAAAUAUUCUACAACUGAACGAGAAUGUUUGGCGUUAGUAUGGUGUAUUCAGAAAUUGAAGGAGUACAUUUGGGGACGCCCAAUUCAAAUAGAAACUGAUCAUUGUCCUUUAUGCAGUUUCAAUAAAAAGAAGUUUCAAAACUCGAGAAUCGAACGUUGGCAAUUAGAAUUAUCUGAAUAUGAUAUAACUAAAAUUACGUAUAAACGUGGAAAAUGUAAUUGUGAUGCAGAUUUAGUAUCUCGUUUUCCAUAUGAUGAAGACGAUAUUGAUGAUACUGAUCAUCCAUUACGUAUUCGACAUUAUACACAACCAGUUGUUUAUUACAUUACUACUAUGCAAAUCAACGCCAUCACUAGAUCAAAAGCUAAACAAUUAUCAACAAAACACUCCGUACCUUCUUCAUCUUCAUCAUCGAAUAUUAUAACAAGAUCGAAAGCAAAAACAAAUCAUCACUCGCCUGUUUCUGAACCAACAUCUGCUUCAUCUUCAUUAACACCAACAUCAAUAGUCUUGCCUUCAUCGUCAAUAAUUGAUUUUAGUAUGGAUCGGAUUCGAAACGAACAGAUGACUGAUAUGGAUAUCCAAUCAAGAAUAAAAAAUAUCAAUAAUAAUCCGCAACAAUAUUUGAAUGAUAUUGUGGAUGAACAAAUAUUAUACAAAUUAGUUACACGAAAUGCUCAUACAAAGAUCCAAUUACCAUGGAUAUCGAAAUCAAUGAUUCCGGAUAUUUUAUUGGCAUACCAUGAUCAUCCAUUUAGCGGACAUUUUGGUGUAAAUCGCACGUAUAAUAAGAUUAAAGAUAAAUUUUAUUGGUUUAAUAUGUUGAAUACAAUCAAACAAUAUAUUCGUUCUUGUACACAAUGUGUUCAAUUUAAUGUACGACGACAGAAAAAGCCUGGAUUAUUACAAAAGGAACCACCACCAGAAGGUGCGUUCGAAGUAAUGCAAAUGGACUUUUGGAAAUCAUCUAUUCGAUCGUCUGACGGUAAUCAAUAUGUAUUAAUAAUUACUGAUCGAUUAACUAAAUAUGUAUUUGCCCGUGCGCUACCAUCGGAGAAUGCUAAAGACGCUGCGGAGAUGUUGUUCGAGGAUAUUAUAUUGAAACAUGGAGCGAUUCGCUGUAUACAAUCUGAUCAAGGUUCUCACUUUCAUAAUGAACUUUUAUCAGCAAUCACAAAAUUAACUGGUUGUAAACAAACUUUUUCGAUUCCUUGCCAUCCAAUGUCGAAUGGUCAGGUGGAGAGAUUCAAUUCAACUUUUUGUGAUCAACUUAAGAAAUAUCAUCAUGAUAACAUCAAUGAUUGGGAUAUUUAUUUGCAAUCGAUCGUUUGGGCAUACAAUUCUGGUGUACAUUCUGUGACGGGUUUUAUUCCCUACGAAUUAACAUUCAAUCGUCGACUAAUAUCACCGUUUGAAUUUUCAAUUUCGAAGUUUACAAUGUUAAAGCCGAAUGAUUAUUGGGUAAAAGCAAACAAAUUCAAGAAAUUGGCUCUUAGUGCUGCUCGAUUUAACAUCGAACAACAACAACAAUUGAGUAAACUAAGAUAUGAUAAAGGAAGAGCCAAUCCAAAUUAUACAUUAAAUGACAUGGUAUGGGUUAAAGUAUUAAUUGGUCGUUCAAAAUUGGAUCCUCGAUAUCAUGGUCCAUUCCGUAUUAUCAAACGAAUUAAUGCAAUCAAAUAUAUUGUUGAACAUGUACAAGAUCAUUAUCAAAAAGAAGAACAUGCCAAUAAUUUGAUCCCAUUCUACGAACGAGAUUAA